CGGCUCUGGAAACACAUUGACGUCCUCGCCGCGCCAUCUUUAGAAAACACUGAGCCCAGCACUGAAUGAAACUUCAUUUUGCUCGUUUGGGAGAGCUGCUCGCCUUACGGUGCGGUAUAUUCGGUUUUCCAGGUGAUCAUGGGGAUCAAGGUACAACGCCCUCGCUGCUUCCUUGACAUUGGAAUCAGCAAUGUACUUGUUGGCAGAAUUGUGGUGGAGCUGUUUGCAGACAUCUGUCCCAAAACUUGUGAAAACUUCAGAUGUCUCUGCACAGGUGAGAAAGGCAUUGGGAAGGGAACUCAGAAACCGCUCCACUACAAAGGAUGCCUUUUUCAUCGAAUUGUAAAAGACUUCAUGAUUCAAGGAGGAGACUUCAGUGAAGGUAAUGGAAGAGGAGGCGAAUCCAUUUACGGAGGCUUUUUUGAAGACGAAAGCUUUGCAGUCAAACACAACAAGGAGUACCUGCUGUCAAUGGCCAAUCGGGGUAAAGAUACAAAUGGAUCCCAGUUUUUCAUAACAACAAAACCUUCUCCACAUCUCGACGGUGUGCAUGUGGUUUUUGGUCACGUGAUCUCUGGUCAAGAAGUCAUUCAAACCAUGGAGAGCCAGAAGACGGACCCCAACAGCCGACCGUACGCUGAGGUGAAAGUUUUGAACUGUGGAGAACUCAUCCCCAAAUCUAAAGCAAAAAAAGAUGCAAAAAAGAAGAAGAGGGCCUCAUCAAGCUCCAGCAGUAGCUCCAGUGACUCUGAGAGCUCCUCAGAGUCGUCCUCCGAGAGCGAAGAGUCAGAAAAAGAAUCCAAGAAGCGGAAAAAGAAGGCAAAGAAGCAAAAAGAGAAACAGAAGAAGGAGGACAAGAAGAAAUCAGAAGCUGAAAGUGCUGAAGAGAAGGAACAAGAUGAGUUGGUUACAUCUACAGUGCGUCCUGAAGAAAUCCCACCCAUCCCUGAAAAUCGAUUCCUUAUGAGGAUAAGUCCCCAGAUAGCCCAGAAGUCAAAGGAGGAGGUUAACAAGGAUCAGCGAAAUAAAGACGAAAGACCAAGAGAAAGUACUGGCGCAGCUUACAACUCUCAAUCAACAUAUCACAGAAGACUCGUGAUGACUCGAUCUGGCAGGAAAAUAAAAGGCAGGGGUCCAAGGAGAUACCGGACCCCAUCACGCUCUCGUUCAAGGUCUAGAGAUCGUUUUCGGCGCAGUGAAACUCCCCCACACUGGCGACAGGAGAUGCAGCGUCAGAGGAUGAGGGCAGUCACAGGAGAGCGAUGGAUUAAGGGUGACAGAGGUGACAUGAAUGAGGGUCAGGAUGAGGCUGCUAAAGCACAGAAAAGAGAGAGACGGACUUCCAGUUCAAAAGCUGAACAUACAACUGAGGGUAAAAAAGACAAGAAAACUCGAUCUCAUAGAUCUAAAAGUAAGGAGGAGGAUACUGUAGCGAAGGAUGAGAAGCAUGAUAAACACAAGGCAAAGAAAAAGGAUAAAUCCCAUAGUCGCAGUAAAAGCCGAGAAAAGAAAAGGUCAAAAAGCAGAGAGAAGAGUCACAAGCACAGAAGUGACGAGAGGAGAGGUCGCUCAAGGAGCAAAGAUAGAAAUGUUCAUAAGAAAGAAAAGGAGGCAGAAUCUGAUCACAGUAAAGACAGAAAUAAGGGUCAUGAGUCUGACAAAAAGCAUAAAGAAGACACAAAAGGUAGAAAUGGUGAGAGAACCAGGACAAAGUCCAGAAGUAAAGAGAGAGCUGCCAAAAAGGAUGAGCACAGAUCAAGCAGCAGAAACAAAGACAGAGGUAGGACUUCAGCAUCAAAAGAGAGAGAAGAAAAAAGAGAGAAGGACAGAGAGAGGGGCAGAGAGCGCAGCAGGAGUCGGGAAAGAAGACAUAACAGUGAUAGGGAGAGUAAGAGACAAGGAACAUCCCGGGAUAAAGAACAUCGAACAAGAAGCCCAGACAGGAGUAAGGCUAGGGACUCGCACAGAGGCAGGCGCUCAAGAAGCAGGAGUGGCAGGCGAGACCGAAGCAGGGAUCGAUCCUCUCAUAGAAAAGUCAAAGACAGAGAGGCUGCCGGCCAGAGGAGGAGACGCAGUAGCAGCAGCUCUGAGAGUGACAGAGAAGAGAAAAAGAAGAGUCAUAGGAGCCCAGAUUCUAAAAGAAGAGACAAGUCCAAAGACCGAAGGAGCCCGGCCAGCCAAAGACCAGAUAGUACGAAAGGCAAAGAUAGAAAUGAUAGCAAGAGAAAUCGGUCGGGGUCUAGCUCCAGCUCUGACAGCAGCUAAACGCGCAAUGUUCUUAUUUUUUACAGUGUACAUGUAGUACGCAGCGUCAGCUUUCCAUCUACAGUGGGGCACAAUCACAGUCCUCAUACAGUACAAAAUAAACAGUUCUGCCAAAGAUAACAUGACUGUAAAAGGUUCCUCAAAGCUAAUUACUUGACUGUUAAAUAACUGUGGUAUUCAGAUAACAGACUGUAGAAAAGACCUUAAAUAAAAUGGCUCAUACCUGAAGGUGCAAACUGUAGCAUCCUCAACCUUUGGCUGAAGUUUGAACUUUAUGGGGAUUGUGGGUUUGUCCACCACUGAGUGUGUAACACAGUUGACUGGUAGCUGACGUUUUGGAGCAAUUCUAGAAACAAAGGAUUUGUAACUACAAAGUGUGUGUACUGCACAGGCAGGGCUGUAAACGUACCAGAUAUUCUUCUAAAUUUGACAUUAUUUAAUCGCGUGAAGUCAGAUUGGAGGCAGGUUUUCUUUUUGUUGUUGUUGGGGUUUUUUUUCUGAAUUUUACAUCAUGUGGUAAAUUCUGUAAUUCUGUCUUGACUUAAAAUUUUCUCUGAUUUUAGUUUGUUUAAAAAAAAAAAAUUUUUAAAGAGGGGGAGAAAAAGAUUUUGAAGGUAUCCUCGAGUUAUUUUAAUGUCAAUCAGUCUGGAAGAAAACACUCAUGUCUUGCAUGCUCAUCUUUGUCAUUGUGUGUCAGAUUAUGUACACCCAUGAUGUUUCUUUUGUUUGUUUUUUAACCAUUUACUGUAAUUCUGUUGAAAGAGAAAAUGUUAAUGCCAAGCUGUUAAGUAUAAGAUAAAAGCAGUUUGUUUCUGUUCUGUUUGGUUCAAACUGAUUUUAAGAACUGCUGGAGUGUUUGAUGAAUUAAAAGGCUCUGUUUGAUUUUAA